UGGUGUUUUGCUCCCGCGAGAAUGCUUCUCUCUUCCACAUCAUCCCUACUUUCGAUCCUGACUCCGGGCGAGGACUCAGACGAACACAAUUCGAGACCCACGUCCAAAGUCACAUCCCUCGACGGGCUACGAGGUCUCGCCUGCCUCUUUGUGUUUCACGCCCACUACGCCUAUUCUUUUAGCAACUGUCUCGAAGAAGCCCCGCCCGAAGUCCUCAGCACGAGAUUCAUGUAUCAACCGUUCAUCUCAUUACUCUGGUCCGGAAUCGCCAUGGUCGAUGUCUUCUUCUUCAUCUCCGGGUACGUUCUCGUGUCAAAGCCACUGCGCCUUCUCUACGCACACAACACCUCGACCGCUCUAUCAUCUAUAUCGUCGGCGGUCUUCCGACGGGCAUUCCGCCUCUACCUUCCUUCGAUGGCCAUGAUCUUGAUCGCCUCGGUCAUGGCGGGACUCGGACUCUUUGACGCCGGGAACAACUUUUACGACAUGAGACACGACGACGUCAAGGGGCCCCAAGAACAACCGCCGCCCCGCCUUUCUUCCCUCGCGGCUCAGUUCUACAGCGGCCUCAAAGACUGUUACCGUCUCAUGGACAACACCAUCCCUUGGGGCAAGGCCAAUUUCCCCUACGAGAGCGAAGAUGCCGCGCGGCCCUCGGGCAUCGUGUACGACCGACACCUGUGGACCAUCCCCGUCGAAUUCCGGUGCAGCAUGUUGGUAUUUGUGAUAUUGCUCGCGACCGCGCGGAUCCGACGAAAGUGGAGACUCUGCGUGCAGGUCGCAUUCCUCGUCAACUGUCUCUUCACCGAGCGGUAUCCGGAGUCACUCUUCGUCGCCGGAAUGUUGUUGGCCGAAGUCGACACCAGCCACCGCCACAACCACCACACCUUGAUGAACGGUUCGGUCUUUCAUCACGCGUCGUCGUCGUCGUCACACCACGCAUCGAAACUCUACGCCGAUGACGACCGAGUGAACACCGCGACGAGUGCCGUCAUGACGAAUUCGCGAGAUCUGUUGGCCUUGGUCAUGUUCGUGCCGGGCCUGUACCUCCUGUCGGUCCCUCCCGAAGGCCCCGACCAGUACCCCGGGUACGCGGGCCUGGUGGGGAUGGUGCCCGACUACAUCUGGGCCAAGGACCGGUUCGUCAGGGCCGUCGGCGCCGUCAUGACGACCUGGCCGGUCGCGAACUCGCCCAUCAUCGCCCGCCUGUUCACCAACUGGUUCACCGCCUACCUGGGUCAGAUCUCGUUCGCCCUCUACCUGGUCCACGGCUCACUGAUCAAGUCCGUGUGGUAUUGGCUCCAACCCCGGAUGACGGGUUACAUCCACCCGGACCCCACGUUCCCCAUGUCCAAGCAACAAUUUGUCGACCUGUGGUUGUCCGGCUACGUGGUCAUGGUGACCGUGGUCCUCGCGUCCGCCCACGUCUUUUGCAAGGUGAUCGACGAGAGAUCCGUGGCGUUUUCACAGUGGCUCGCCGCCAGGCUCUCGGAGAGUUGAUUGACUCUUCCAUGACAUGGGAUUUGCCAUCGCCAUCACCAUCGCCAUUACCACUUCACCAUUUACACAGUAGCAUGUAGAGAGAGAUAAUUCUUUAUUAGUAUCGUAUCGUAUAUGUUUAUUUC